AUGAUUGUCGGGAAACCAGUCUAUCAAUUGAAAGGCGACAACAGUUUUUGUGAAUCAGACAAAUCGGGAUGCAAGACUGCCAGCACGACAUGCACAAAUAAUUGGAUCGAAAGUAACGCUCUAAAUACCUAUAUUUAUUUUUGUUGUGCACAGUGUCAAGUUCGAACAUUGUGCGCGGAUCAAGUCACCGCGCACCAGCUGACGAAUGCCGGACUUAUAAACAAAAACGAAUCUGAAGAUCUACAAAGGGAAACUAACGAACUUGGAGAAAAGAUUGAACAAUUGAAGACCACCGAAGUUAACGCCGAGACCAUAUCAUAUCACGAUAUUCAUCACUACGCCAUGAUAUACGUGAUUCUUGGAGUAAUCGGAACUACAGCAUUAUUUAUCAUAAUACGACGAACGCUCGGGAAAAUGCCGCCUACGCCGUCCCGACACAUCGCCGAGGAACCUCCGGCCGCCACGCCGCCCCCGCCCCGCGCGUCGCCGCGCUCCGUCGUCGUCACCGAGGCGCACCAACUCAGCGAUGAAGAUCACUGCGACACGUCAAAUCCUUCGCGAUUAGACAAGGCGACAUCCCCUUCAUUUAGAUUCAAAAUGAAAGAUGUCUUGAGAAGGGUCCCAUUGGAGUCCUAA